CCGAGAAAAAGUUACACAGCUUCCGGUGCAGAAGACCAGAGAAUUGGGCCAGUCCCACUUUGCUAAGCAUUCGGAAUCAUGGCUAUUGCAGCAGCAGCGACGGCGACAAUGGCACUGGCGGCAAGGCCAGCCUCGAAUUUGUUGCUAACAACACGCAGGGCGAGGUGGGUCUUCACCCCUUUUGCCGUUUCUUCUUCUUUCUCUUCUUCUUCUUCAAAGCCUUCAAGAGCACUCAUUCUCUACUCCAAGCCCGGAUGCUGUUUGUGCGAUGGCCUCAAAGAAAAACUUCAGGCCGCUUUCUUACUUUCCGGUCCUGAGUCCCUCCACGACGUUGAUUUUCAGGUAAGGGAUAUUACAAGCAAUCCAGAGUGGGAAAGUGCUUAUCAGUUUGAGAUACCAGUGUUGGCCAGAGUGUUAUCUGAUGGCACUGAGGAAACUCUACCCAGAUUAUCUCCCCGUCUUGGAGUGGAGCUUGUUCAGAAGAAAAUAUCUGCUGCCUUGAAACAGUAGCGGGGUUUUGGAGCCCCUUCGUAAAAGUGCGAGUUAUUUUUCGUUGAAUGUACAUCUUUGAUCGUUUAAAACUUGUGAGAACUUUUUAUCAACGUCGAGUGAAUGGUCAGAAAAUGUUUCUUUGACUCUC